CUCGAACCCUUGCUACGUUCAUAUUUUAAGGCUUUUUUUCUUUUUUUUUUAUUGGUUCAGCGUCCCCGUCAUGUCUGCCUACAGAGUUCUGCUGUCGUCGGCCUCACGUAGCCGUCUUGUAUACAGUCGCUCCUUGGGAGCCAAUACUAUGGCUGUGCGUCAUUACAGUUCGCCUAUCAAGGUUUUCGUUGACACCAUCAAAGAGCAAAUCAAGAAAAACAAGGAACUCCAACAGGGAGUCAAGUCGUUGCAAGAUGAAUCCGGAAAGUUUGCUGAUAGUGAAGCUCUCAAGAAGGCCAAGGAAGUAUUUGAACAAGCCAAGGCACAACGAUCGGCUCAAUCGGAACGUUUGAAGCAAGCGAGUGAGAAAAUUGCAAAGACCGCAGGAAAGAUGGGUGACACCGCUAGCGAAGCGUUCAAAAAAGCUUCAGAAACCGAAUUCGCCAAAGAUACUUCGGAAAAGAUCAAGAAAGCAGCCGAACAUAUCAAUAAGACGGCGGAUCCUUUGAAGAAGAGCCCAGUGGUGGGCAAGAUCUCGGAAGGAUUCAAAACCGUUAUUAAGGAUGAAAGUGGUCGUUACACCGGCUUUGUUGAUAAGGAGACUCGUCGUAAGCUUCGUGAACAAGCACAAACUCAAGCAGAAGGUGGUAUGGGUCCCAAGCGAGUGCAAGAGGAUCCCAACGCCGGCGCCAACAUUGUACUUCACAAGGAUUCCAAGUGGAAGGAGAGCUGGAACAAAUUCAAAGAAGAAAGUCCUAUCAUGCAAGGUAUUUUCCGUGCACGAAAGAACUAUGAAGAAUCGGACAAUCUCUUCGUCUCCUAUACCCGUGCUUUUACCGAUCGCGUUUCCGAAACUUUUGGCUCUAUUUUCGAAGAAUCCGAUCAGGCUCAAGCGAUUCGCGCUUUCCAAAUGAUCGAUCCUACUUUCAACAUGGAUAAAUUCAUGAAGGAUGCUCGUAGCUAUAUCGUUCCCGAAGUAAUGGAAGCAUACCUGAAGGGUGAUGUGGAAACAUUGAAGUUAUGGUGUUCUGAAGCUACUUAUAAUGUCUUGACGGCAUUGAUUCAAGCACAAAUGCAGCAAGGUCUUAUUAGUGAUUGCAAGAUUCAAGACUUGCGUGACGUUGAGUUGGUAGCUGCCAAGAUUCUUGAAAAUGAUAUUCCUGUUCUUGUUUUAUCCUUCCGUACCCAAGAAGUCAUUGUCUUCCGCAAUGCAAAAUCCGGGGAAAUCGUAUAUGGCAAAGAGGACCAUAUUGAGCAAGUGACCUAUGCUUGUGUUCUUACUAAAGAGCCCGAAGAUCUUCAAAAUCCUGUGACGGCUGGCUGGAGAAUCAUCGAUAUGGCCAAGCACGAUUCAAGACCUGUGUGGUAAAACGAUCAGGCGCAGCAAGAAUGUUCGAUAAUGCACACUUAGAGAUCGCUGUAAUCAUCCUGUUUCUCGAUCUUUCAUUAGAUUGGCUACUCAUAGACUGGACAUUGAAACUGAAAAAAAAAAAGUUCCCCUCCUCAUCUACCAGAGUCUCUUAUGAAACUCUGAUGUCUCCGUUAUUUUGUUAUUUUUUUUUAAUCCAAACAUAAAAAAGAAAAAGUGUUAUAAUAUCUCCAUUUUCCA